AUGCCCCGCCUGCCCCCGGAGAUCUGGAUGAUCAUCUUCGAGCACCUGCCGGCCUCCUUCUUCCAGCGCGACAUCCGCCGCCUCAUGGUGAGCAAGAGCUGGUACAGCCUGGCGCUGCCGGCCUUCUACCCGCGCAUCGAGUUCACGCCGCGGGUGAUCAGCCGGCUGGUGCACCGCAAGACCGCCAGCCUCAGCAGGACCCGCAGCCUGCUCCGCAAGACCCUCCGCAGCGUCAACAUCGUGCUCGACCCGGGGCUCGGGCUGUAUCCGCCCGGGGUCCGGGGCGGGCGGGUCGUCGGGGGCGACCCGAAAACGGCGUGCUUCAACACGCCGUCCAACCUGACCCGCUUCGGCCGCAUGCUGCUCGACUUCGGCGCGCUCACACACGUGCGCUUCACCGCGUACUGGCCGAACCGCGAGUGGCGCGCCGACCCGCUGCAGGCCAACUACCUGAGCACGAGCAGCCUGCGGCCGUACCUCCACCUGGCGCUGACGACGCAGCACGUGGCCUCGCUGGACCUGGAUCUCUGCGGGACCAACAUCACCGACGACGACGGCCGCGCGGUGCAUUUCUGCUGGCAUGUGCGGCCGCUGCUGUCGCGGCUGCGGUCGCUGAGGCUGCGGCUGCGGCGCAUCUGCCACGAGGCGCUCUGGCCGCUCGACGACCAGCCCGUGACGCUCGGCGAGAUCUCGCUGAACCUCUACCUGGGGCGGGUGUCGGACCACAACCCCAAGCUCAAUGCGAGCUGGUCGUGCGACUCCUCCUCCUCGGGCUUGGGCCGUACGUGGGCGCGGGCGAACCCGAUGGACGAGAUGCGCGGGACGAUGAAGCCGUUGGUGAGGGAGAUGGCGGAGCCCCGGCGAGCCGAGAUUGUGCACCUGGCCCCGAACGGCGAGAUCCACAUCUGGGAUGCCGCGACAGAUGCUUGCGUCAGGGACGUGUCCGAGAAGCCGAGGCGGUUCCCCGCGUGUUUCGAUGUUGACCCUGGGAGACCUUGCUUCUCGGAAGAUGUAGAUGACUGGGACGGUGGCGCUGGUGCUGUUAGCCCUGGGGAUCUGUCCGAUGGGGAAGGUUCCGAGGAACUAGAUGACCUCGAGGAACCGGAGGAACCGGAGGUGAUGGAUGGAGUGGUUGAACUGGACGGGGUGGAGGAUGCUGGCGCGGAGGACAUUCAUAUGCUCUGA